CCGAGCUGAGCCGGCGAGGGAACUCGGGACAGAGGCCGGGCCGGCAGCCGCUCCGCCUCCCGACCCGCAGGCCCAGACGGCCCGGCCGCCGGCUCUCCCUGUAUGGCGCCUCGAGGGACGCGCUGAGCCCAGGUCGCGGCGCCGCAGGCGGCACCAUGGCCCUGGAGCAGGCUCUGCAGGCGGCGCGCCAGGGCGACCUGGACGUGCUGCGGUCCCUGCACGCCGCCCGCCUGCUGGAGCCCUCGCUGCGCGACCCGCUGGACGCGCUGCCGGUGCACCACGCUGCCCGCGCCGGCAAGUUGCACUGUCUGCGCUUCCUGGUGGAGGAGGCCGGUCUGCCCGCUGCGGCCCGCGCGCGCAACGGCGCCACGCCGGGCCACGACGCCGCCGCCACUGGUCACCUCGCCUGCCUGCAGUGGCUGCUCUCGCAGGGAGGCUGCGGAGUGCAUGACAGAGACAAUUCUGGUGCCACAGUCCUGCAUCUGGCUGCCCGCUUUGGCCACCCCGAGGUGGUGAACUGGCUGCUGCGUCACGGCAGUGGGAACCCCACCAUGGCCACAGACACAGGCGCCCUGCCUGUUCACUAUGCCGCCGCCAAAGGAGACUUCCCCUCCCUGAGGCUUCUCAUCAGGUCCCACCCUGAGGGAGUGAAUGCCCAAACCAAGAACGGUGCCACGCCCCUGUACCUGGCGUGCCAGGAGGGCCACCUAGAGGUGACGCAGUACCUGGUGCAGGAGUGCGACGCGGACCCGCACCUGAGCGCCCACGAUGGCAUGACCCCGCUGCACGCUGCAGCGCAGAUGGGCCACAUCUCGGUCAUCGUGUGGCUGGUGAGCUGCACCGACGUGAGCCUGUCGGAGAAAGACAAGGACGGCGCCACGGCCAUGCAUUUCGCGGCUAGCCGCGGCCACGCCAAAGUGCUCAGCUGGCUCCUGUUGCACGGCGGCGAGAUCGCGGCCGACCUGUGGGGCGGGACCCCGCUGCAUGAUGCCGCCGAGAACGGGGAGCUGGAGUGCUGCCAGAUCCUGGUAGUGAACGGCGCGGAGCUGGACGUCCGCGACCGCGACGGGUACACGGCUGCCGACCUCGCGGACUACAACGGCCACAGCCACUGCACCCGUUACCUGCGCACCGUGGAGAACCUGAGUGUGGAGCACCGCGUACUGUCCCGGGAUCCAUCCGCUGACCUGGAGACCAAGCAGCCUGACUCAGGCAUGUCCUCGCCCAAUACCACCAUGUCAGUCCAGCCGCCAAACUUUGACCUCAGCUCGCCCACCAGUACCCUCUCCAACUACGACUCCUGCUCCUCUGGCCACUCCAGUGUCAAGGGCCAGCGCUCUGUGCAUGGGGUUCCCAGCCCAAGAGCAGCAGACAUACAGAGCUACAUGGACAUGCUGAGCCCAGAGCCAGACCUGCCCCAUGGCAAGGUGGAGAAAACCAAAGCACCACCGCCACCACCCGGAUUCCCUCCACCACCCCCGCCCCCAGGCACCCAGCUGCCCCCACCCCCACCAGGCUUCCCAGCUCCCAAGCCCCCGGAAGGGCUACAGGCAGCUGACAUCUACCUGCAGACGAAGAACAAACUCCGACAUGUGGAAACCGAGGCCUUCAAGAAGGAGCCCCGCGACGGCCGCAACGGGCUGCGGAGGCAGGACUCCGGACGCAAGCCCCGCGCCUUCAGCAAGCAGCCCAGCACGGGGGACUACUACCGCCAGCUGGGCCGCCACCCGGGGGAGCCGCUGGUCGCACGCCCAGGCAUGGCGCACAGCGAGGAGGCGGCGCUGCUCCCGGGAAACCACGUGCACAACGGCUGUGGCGCGGACCCCGAAGCAUCCAGGGAGCUGCCCCCACCGCCCCCGCCCCCGCCCCUGCCCGAGGCCUUGAGCUCGCCGCCGCCUGCUCCGCCUCUGCCCUUCGAGGGCUCGGGCCCCGGCUGUGGGCAGCGUCGCUCCUCUUCCUCCACUGGCAGCACCAAGUCUUUCAACAUGAUGUCCCCGACGGGCGACAAUUCGGAGCUGCUGGCUGAGAUCAAGGCGGGCAAGAGUCUGAAGCCCACGCCGCAGAGUAAGGGGCUGACCACGGUGUUCUCUGGCAGUGGGCAGCCGGCCUCCCAGCCGGAAUCGCCGCUGCCGCCGGCGUCGCUGGCACCGUCACGGGCCCGGAGCCCUACCCCGCCGGCCGUGGGGUCCCAGCCAUUGCUCAAUGGCAGCGUGGCGCCGGCGCCGCCCGCCACCCCAGCGCCGGGCGUGCAGCUGGACGUGGAGGCGCUCAUCCCCACGUACGACGAGCAGGGCCGGCCCAUCCCCGAGUGGAAGCGCCAGGUGAUGGUGCGCAAGCUGCAGCUGAAGAUGCAGGAGGAGGAGGAGCAGAGGCGGAAGGAGGAGCAGGAGGAGGCCUGGUUGGCCAGCAUGCCUGCCUGGAGGCGGGACAUCCUGCGGAAGAAGCUAGAAGAUGAGAGGGAGCAGAAGCGGAAAGAGGAGGAGAGACAGAAGCAAGAGGAGAUGCAGCGGGAGAAAGAGCAGUCGGAGAAGCUGCGGACGCUGGGCUACGACGAGAGCAAGCUGGCGCCCUGGCAGCGACAGAUCAUUUUGAAGAAGGGGGACAUCGCUAAGUACUAGACGCAGCCUCUCGAGCUCGGGGGUGCCCCCAAACCCGCCCCGGCCUGCCGGGCCCAGGCGGAAAGGCUGGGAGCCGCGCUGCCCUCCCUUCCCACGCUGAAACCCUUCCUUGACCCCGACCCCGCCUCCGCAUCCCCAGUCCUGGGCGACGCUGGAGCGCGGCCCCCGCCGCCCAGAAAAAGUGCCCAAGCUGUUGACGCAAAAAUGAUGCUGCUUAUUUGCAUGCCUACUUACAUAUAUUUGCAUGUUCGUUGAAUGUCAAAGUGUGCAGAGCUCUUCCCAAGCUCCGUGGGUGAUGACUUUGUUUUCCCGCGGGGCGCGCGUCCGGCUGCCGCCCCCUCCCCCGCACCCCGGAACCCACGUCGCUGGCGCAUCCUGGGCGGAGGCAGGCCCCGAGCUCGGGGAAGGGGUUUUCCUCCCUUCCUGACCCAGAUCGGCGCCCGGCCCAGCCCCGGCCGCAUUUCCCAUCCCCGCCGAGGGUUUCCUCUCAGUCAUGUUUACCAGAAACGGUGAAAACUGCAAACUGCCCGUCGUAGGAACGGAGUUGCCGCUCCGGGCGCCCCACCACCCUCAAGCCUGCGCGCCGUCCCCAGCCAGGCCCCGUACCUCCCCGGACCCUUUCACUGUCCUGGUGGAGUGAGCGGAGGGCGAGGGACCCUAAAGCUGUGUCUCCCAACUACUGCCUCCCCGAUCCCCGCCAUCUCGCACCCCCAUUAAAGCUCUCUCAGCCGCC